AUGUCACCGUUGCAGUGCCAAGUCAGCCCUCCCCGCUCCCAGUCCUCCACCGCGAGGAGCAGGCUUGUCCAAGGCGCUCGCACACUAGGGCAUCACAUUAAACGCCAUGUCGGCGUUGGCAUUAUAUGUUCCGUUGCUUAUUUUGACCCAGGAAACUGGAGUGUUGACCUUCAAGCUGGAUCCAACUUUGGCUAUAGACCGAUGCUUUUUGUCAUCCUGGUUGCUGGUCUAGGUGCUAUAGUUCUGCAGACACUGGCGUGCAAAUUAGGUUGUGUAACAGGACUAGAUCUUGCUAGCCAUUGUAGGCUCCUACUUCACAAUAAUUCCCGGCAUCCGCGACUGGUUCGGAGAUUGGUUCUCUACCCGCUUUAUGUUCUGUCAGAGAUCGCCAUUAUAUCGACCGACCUCGCGGAAUUGCUGGGCUCUGCAAUUGGAUUGUGUUUACUGUUCCCCAAGCUCCCUCUUUGGGGCGGAGUGGUCAUUACAGCGGCCGACGUGCUGAUAUUUCUGUUUUUCGCCGACCCUUCGCGAAGUCAAGGUCGCCCAGUUCGUUUGUUUGAAUACACUAUAAUCGGUCUGGUACUAGCUGUCUUUGCGUGCUUCGUAGUACUCCUUGUGAAAGCAAGUCCUGACUGGUCAGAUGUAUUUAUGGGCUACAUUCCCAACAAGGGUCUAUUUCAAUCGGAACCUGACGCGGUAUAUGCUGCUGUUGGGAUACUUGGCGCAACCGUCAUGCCUCAUGCUCUAUUUCUAGGAUCUUCUUUGGCCACGCAGGACCGUGUAUCCGAUGCACCAGUAGAUGGGCAACUACCCUCCAAUUCCGGCCACCAGAUGUCGAGGAGGUCGAAUAUCCGACAAUUCGUAUCGUCGUUGUUCCGGAUUACCCGCGCGGAGAGAGUAGCUUCAAAUAUAGACUAUCGCAGCAAAUACGGGGAGCGAGAAAAUAAUCCACUUCUAUUUAUUAGGCAACACCUUGGGCACGGGAUCGCGGAUGUUGUCACUAGUCUGCUCACACUGGCUGUCCCUAUAAACUCUGCUAUCUUGAUUUUAGCCGCCGCCGUUUUUUACAAAGGUAACGGCCAAAAUCACAACACCCCAGCAGGACUAUUUGAAGCGUACCAGUUGAUUCAAGAGCGUAUUGGAGACGGUGGCGCGGUCGUAUUCGCUCUUGCCUUGGUAUGCGCGGGUCAGACAUCGAGUAUUACAGUCACUUUAGCCGGCCAAAUAGUCUCCGAAGGGUUUAUCGAAUGGAAAGUCUCGCCCUUUUUCCGCAGAUUUAUCACACGGUGCAUUAGCUUGGUGCCAUCUGUAAUCGUCGCGAUUUCAGUUGGGCGCGAUGGGCUAAGUACUCUUCUAGUCGCCUCGCAAGUCGUGCUCUCUGUGGUCCUGCCAUUCGUAGCAUUCCCGUUGAUCUAUUUGACCUCAAGCAAGGUGGUUAUGCAAGUACGCACGACCCCACCAGAACUGGUCAGAUCAGAUGUGUGCCUGUACCAGGGGCAAGAUGAGCCAGCGCAGGACGACGAACACAACGAAACCGUUUCUAAAAUUGAAAUAGAAGCGAUUGAAUCUAUCAAGAUAGAGCCAGCAACAGUCGAGCAGGUGGUUCCCAUUGAGUAUCUGGACUUUAGUAACGGGCGCUUUAUGACUGCCCUCGCAUACGUUAUCUGGUGUAUCGUGUUGGUCGCUAACGUUUACGCCAUAGUAAUGCUCAUAGUGCGCAGUUAA